AUGAAAAAUUUAAAACAAAAAUCCACAGAAAUUCAAUCGAGCUUAAAAAAACGUCACCUGCUAUCGUCACAGAACCUGAAACCGGAUGUUUCGACGCGGGUGCCACGUGACGAACUUGACAUCGACAACGUUUCGAGUAAACCAAGCAACAAAUUCAAGCUAGGAAAAUCAACAGGUAGUCCUCCACCAGCUUCAGAUGCUGAAGAUGGUAAGGAUUCAAUUUCGGCUUCCAAAGGCCAGAAAGAGCUUCAAGAAGGGCACGAAUCAAAGGCGGACAAUGAAGUGGACGAUGAAAAUCGCGAAAAAAGUUCUUCAGUUGGUGAAGAAAUGGAAAACAGCAGCGCCAAGCCAACGCAAAAGUCGUCCAAAAAUCUAGAUGACAAAAAUGGAAAGCAAGCGGAAAGAAAUGAGAAGGAAGGUGAAGUUGAUGAGCAGGAGACCAGUCCUGUCACAACUGCGAGGCCAAGAAAAGGACUAGCUGCUUAUCACGAGUUUCCGCCCGACCUGUUCACGCAUUACCAACGGGAACAUGGAGCUGUGAUAAUACACAUCCUUGUCAUUGUGUACAUGUUCUAUGCAGUGGCAGUCGUAUGUGAUGACUACUUUGUCGCCUCUUUGGAAGAGUGUUGUUCGAGAUUGAAUUUGAGUGAAGAUGUCGCAGGUGCCACAUUUAUGGCUGCUGGCAGCUCUGCACCUGAACUCUUUACUGCAAUUUUAGGUGUGCUUGUGGCCAAAGGCGACGUAGGUACAGGCACAAUAGUAGGUUCUGCUGUAUUCAAUGUACUUUUUGUGAUAGGCAUCUGCGGAAUAUUUGCAGGAAGGAUUGUAGAGCUAACUUGGUGGCCAUUAUUUCGUGACUCCCUUUUCUACUCCAUGACUGUCAUCAUUCUUAUUGCAAUCAUCUUCGACAGCGAAGUCACGUGGUACGAAUCAGUGAUUAUGAUGCUAAUUUACGCCCUCUACAUAGUUUUAAUGAAAUUCAACACCGACGUCCACUUUUGGAUAUCGAGACGUCUUGGAAUUGAAGAUGACACGACACAAAACGUUGGUAUCCUUGCUCAAGGGGACAAAAAGAGUUACAGUUCAUAUGUUCCCUUCAACAAUGAAAUCGAUGAGUGUGCUUCUGUUCCUGUAACUGCCCACUUCAGCGCCAGGCCUCUGCCUGCAGACGAAAGUAUACGCAAUAACAAUCGCUUGAUGUCAAUCUAUGAAGCCGCUUUGGUCAUUAUGAUGAGGAGACGAUUUCGAGGAAAGACUCGAUUCCGAGCUGCUGCCAUCAGACUCAUAAUUGAGCAACGGCGAUUGAAAAAGGAUGCCCUCAAGAUGCAAGGACAACUAUCCGUCGAAUCGCAAGAUGGACCGAAAUUUAAAGCAAAAGCUCUCAACUGUGUUACGGCUGUUCAAAAACUGACGAUCACAAACAAGGUCAAAACUGCCGUCUCCGCAUGCUAUAACGAGUCGGUCGGUAUUAGCUUCCAAGCAGCGUGGUUGCAGAUGAUCCAGGCUGAAGAUGUUCUUGGAAAAGGUAAUGAAGCGCUUACUUCUUCCUGGCUGGAGAGGGAGGCGAGACAGCCAAAAGGAGAUGCCGAUCUUCAUUUAGAACUCAUCGUUGAAGGCAGUAUAGAAUAUGCUGAAGAUGUUCUUGGAAAAGGUAAUGAAGCGCUUACUUCUUCCUGGCUGGAGAGGGAGGCGAGACAGCCAAAAGGAGAUGCCGAUCUUCAUUUAGAACUCAUCGUUGAAGGCAACAUAGAAUCUGCUGAAGAUGUUCUUGGAAAAGGUAAUGAAGCGCUUACUUCUUCCUGGCUGGAGAGGGAGGCGAGACAGCCAAAAGGAGAUGCCGAUCUUCAUUUAGAACUCAUCGUUGAAGGCAACAUAGAAUCUGCUGAAGAUGUUCUUGGAAAAGGUAAUGAAGCGCUUACUUCUUCCUGGCUGGAGAGGGAGGCGAGACAGCCAAAAGGAGAUGCCGAUCUUCAUUUAGAACUCAUCGUUGAAGGCAAAGAAGGUCUGUGUCGCCUGGUGCGAUGGUUGAUACAGGCUCCAUUGUUGGCGACUCUCCACUACACCAUUCCCGACUGCAGGAAAGAUCGCUGGAGGAAGUUCUUUCUUCUCACAUUCCUUGCUUCUAUCACGUGGACAGCAAUCUUCUCUUACGUCAUGGUUUGGAUGGUAACUCUUGCUGGAUACACUCUUGGCAUUCCUGACAGUAUAAUGGGCAUAACUUUCUUAGCGGCUGGAACCAGUGUACCAGAUGCAUUUGCCAGUCUUAUAGUCGCUCGUCAAGGUCAGGGAGACAUGGCCGUGUCUAACAGUUUGGGCAGUAACAUCUUUGAUAUUUUGAUUGGGCUAGCUUUACCAUGGUUUAUCCAAACUGCCAUCAUCGAACCUGGAUCUAUAGCUGUUAUCAACAGUAGAGGAAUGGUUUAUUCAGUGGUACUUCUCUUUCUAACAAUCGUUAUAACAAUUGGUGGUAUCACCAUGAGCCAUUGGCAGUUGACUCGCCGACUUGGCAUCGUGCUUCUGAGUGUCUACGCUGUAUUCCUCGUGCUGUCCAUCCUCCUGGAGUUCAACUUCCUCGGAUAUGUCAAUCCGCCCAUGUGCCAAGACUGA